GAACAUGUUGCAAUGUGUCCAAACGUGGGUUUGAGUUGGGCAACCGACGCUUGGGGGGCACUGAAAAGUGACUUUGCGGACGGGGAGGUGGGGACGCGAAGGUGACUGACUUGCACCGGCGUCCCGAGAGAAUCGCGCGCUUGCUCGGCUCGGCUUGGCUGCUCCCGAGCGGGGCGCGUAUCAGUCCCGAGGAGGCGGGAGAAGGAGGAGAGCCAAGCAAGGAAAGCCAAGAGGGGAAAGUUGCGGAGGCGGAGAUAGAGAGAGAGAGCACCGCUUCGCCCGUGCUUGGGGGAAAAAAGGUGUCGGAGCCUCGGAGGAGAAAAAGGGCCAGGCAUCGGCGUUGCUGUGCCCCCCCGCUGCAAAGCUAGGUUCUUUGCUCCGCUGAGCUUUCGGGCUCGGGUCUCAUCUUGCAGCGGAGGAGGCGAGAGAAGCCGCGGGGAAGAAAGAGGAGGAACUUUUUGGGUGCGUGGAGCCUUUUCCCGGGCUCGGCCCAGGCGCUGCAAGCCGAAAAGAUGCGGGCUCCCUUUUUCCCAGCACAGGAUCCAGUCCCUCGCUUAGCUCGCGAGUAGUGAUCCCGGAGGGGGUCUUUAGAGCUUCGUGCCUGGGGCCAAGAGCUUGCUGCUGCUGCUUCUUCCUCCUCUUUCUCUCUCGGCGUUGGAGACUCUUAAAAUCCUGCUGCGUGGAGGAGCCGGCGCUGCGCCCUUUUUGCAGACCCCGAGAAAACUGAAAGAAGUUUGCCCGGUGUUUGGGACUGAAGUGCCAUGGUUUAACCAAGUCCUUCUUGGAGGCCUACUGACCUCGGAGCAAAUAAGCUCAGGUCUAGGAAAAAGAAAGGGGGAAAAACAACAACAACACGAGUGGGACUUUUCUUUCGUUCAACCCUCCCCCACCCCUCAAACCUUUGACUGGGUGUUUCCACUCUGUGCAUGCUCUUGGUCCCCGCUUUUCCAGAAGGAUACAAAAUGGCGCUGCCGGGAUGGGGCGAGGUGAGGUCUUCACCCCUCAGAGAUGCCUUUUGGACUCUGCUUUUGAUUUUCCAAAUGUUCGUGGGAAUGGGCUCUUGCAUGGAGUGUGGCCCCAACUGUACGUGCGCCGGUGAUCUUUUGGACUGCAGCAACCGGGGACUGGAAAGAGUUCCCCUGGAACUGCCCACCUGGAUAGUUCAUCUAAACCUGAGCCACAACAAACUGACCGAGAUUGAUCCUUCUGCCUUCGCAAAGCUGCCAAAACUACGGGAAGUGCGACUGAAUAACAAUGAACUGACAGCCAUUCCAUCCCUGGGAGCAGCUUCUGCCCACAUAACUUCCUUGUUCCUGAAUCGCAACCGAAUCCACAGCAUUGAAGCCAGCCAGCUGGAGCCCUAUGUAUCCCUGGAAACGUUAGACCUCAGCUCAAAUAACAUCACAGAAAUCCGAAGUGGCUGUUUCCCGGUGGGGCUUCCCAUAAAGGAUCUCUACCUGGGGAGCAACAGAAUCAGCGUCCUGGAGACCAAGGCUUUUAACAGCUUGUCACGAUCCCUGCUGACGCUUCGCCUGAAUAAAAACAGAAUUGUCCAACUUCCUGUCAAAGCAUUCAAACUGCCCCAUCUAACACAACUAGAGUUAAACCGGAAUCGUAUUCGUUUGAUAGAAGGGUUAACAUUUCAUGGACUGGACAGUUUAGAAGUUUUGAAGCUGCAGCGCAACAAUAUAAGCAAGUUGACAGACGGAGCUUUCUGGGGUCUGGCCAAAAUGGAGGUUCUGCACCUGGAGCACAAUGUCCUCACAGAAGUGAACGGUGGUUCCCUGUAUGGCUUGGUGUCCCUUCAACAAUUUCAUCUGAGUAACAACCUGAUAUCCAGUAUCAGUCCUACCGGUUGGAACUUCUGCCAAAAGCUGAAUGAACUGUCCUUGUCAUUCAACAACUUAACCAGGUUGGAUAAAGGAAGUUUAACAGAUCUGGGAAGCCUGGAGAUCCUUCACCUGAGUCACAAUUCCAUCAGUCAUAUUGGAGAAGGGGCAUUCAAGGGACUCAGAAGCUUACGUGUCCUGAAUCUGGAUCAUAACGAAAUUUCAGGGACAAUAGAAGACACCAGUGGAGCAUUUAUGGGCCUGGAAAACCUAAGCAUGCUGACUCUGUUUGGAAACAAGAUCAAGUCUGUGGCCAAGGAGGCGUUCUCUGGCUUGGAGGCCCUGGAACACCUGAACCUUGGGAAUAAUGCCAUACGAUCUAUUCAAGAGGAUGCCUUUACAAAGCUGAAAAACCUGAAAGAACUCCGCAUCAACAGCGAGCGCUUCCUCUGUGAUUGUCAGCUCAAGUGGUUGCCACUUUGGUUAACCAAGAAAAAACAACAGCUGUUUGUGGAAGCCACCUGUGCCCACCCGGAAUCAUUAAAGGGCAAAAAUAUUCUUGAAGUGGUCCCAGAAAGUUUUGUAUGUGAUGAUUUUCCCAAACCCAAAAUUAUUGUUGAACCGGAAACUACCAUCGCUGUUCUUGGCAAAGACAUUCGCCUCACGUGCUCCGCAGCCAGUAGCAGCAGCUCUCCUAUGACGUUUGCCUGGAAGAAGGACAGUGAGAUUCUGCACCAUGCUGAGAUGGAGAACUUUGCCCACGUCCGUGCCAGGGAUGGGGUGGUGAUAGAGUACACUACCAUUCUGCACCUGCGACAUGUCACUUUUUCCCACGAGGGGCGCUAUCAGUGCAUCAUUACCAAUCAUUUUGGCUCUACCUAUUCUCAGAAAGCUCAGCUUACUGUUAAUGUGCUGCCGUCUUUCCUCAAAACUCCCUAUGACAUUGCAGCCCGUACUGGAACAACCGCUCGGUUGGAAUGUGCUGCUCGCGGGCAUCCCCUUCCGCAGAUUGCUUGGCAGAAGGACGGAGGGACAGACUUCCCUGCAGCUCGAGAGCGUCGCAUGCACGUCAUGCCUGACGAUGAUGUCUUUUUCAUCACCGAUGUGAAGAUAGACGACAUGGGCGUUUACAGCUGCACCGCUCAAAACUCUGCUGGUUCUGUGUCCGCCAAUGCCACCCUGACUGUGCUGGAGACUCCAAGUUUGGCUCAUCCGUUGGAAGACCGUGUUGUGUCUGUCGGGGAAACUGUGGUCCUGCAAUGCAAAGCAACCGGAAGUCCACCUCCACGCAUUAACUGGUUGAAGGGUGACCAUUCUCUGACUGUGACCGAUAGGCAUCACUUUACUCCAGGCAACCAGCUGCUUAUUGUCCGCAAUGUUGUGUUAGAAGAUGCUGGGAAGUACACAUGUGAAAUCUCAAAUACGGUUGGAACAGAACGGGCACACAGCCAAGUGAGUGUAUUACCUUCACUUGGCUGCCGGAAAGAUGGAACCACUUUUGGAAUCAUGACUAUUGCUGUAGUCUGUAGCAUCGUCUUAACAUCUCUGGUUUGGGUGUGUAUCAUUUAUCAGACCAGAAAGAAGAGUGAAGAAUACAGUGUCACAAACACAGAUGAGACUAUUGUACCACCUGACGUGCCAAGCUAUCUGUCCUCCCAGGGAACACUUUCAGAUCGACAAGAAAUAGUUGGGAGAGUGGAAAACGGCCAGCAGCCCAAUGGUCAAAUCCAGAGCAAUGGUGUUUGCCAGCUCAGCAGAGGAAGGGAUGCAGAGGGCGAUGCUCACUCUGUCAUUUACCGACAGCCAAAGAUAUGUUUAGAGUCUUGGAAAGGAGAAGACCUUCCCGAUAGGAUGCUUCUUACAGACAACACAGCCUAUAGCUUGCCUGCCACAUAUACUGACUGCGACGGAAGCGUGGAUAUCAAGAACAUUUAUCCCAAGGGCCCAGAAUACUAUUCUCUGGCUGCAGAGGCCAUGACUCCAAAUACUCCCAGUAGUAAGGACUCCGACAAGCAUGAUGUCGUACUAACGGCUAACUGUUCUAGCCCUCUAAAGUGCAGCACGAAUACGGACAUAAGAAAAUCAGAUGUCAGUGGCACUAUUUAUCCUAGCAAUCAUGACAGGAUGUCAGAGGCUUGCCCAAGCAAGCUACCUCUAGAAGACAGCAAAGGUUCUUCACAGCCCUUGGCCACCUGUGAGCCUUAUGACUGUUUAUUGCCUGCUGAAAGCUCUCUGCUACAUGUAAAAGGAAGUGUUGAACUAUCCGAGGCAUUACCUGGGGGAGAGGUGCAGCCACGGCUUGUCUCCAAUGGCCACUUAACAAGGUCAAAACCCAGCUCUCUCCCUCAGUCCAGCCACUGAAACGCUGACAAGGGACCCAGGAACCUUGGGAGGUGCCAAUAAACCGAGCGCGCUCUCCCUCUGUCUCUCCCACUUAUUUGCACAGAAUUAUCUAGGCUACUUCUACCUCAAAGUCUGAAUGGACAGCUUUGCAAAUUAAAGGAAAAGCGACAACUCCAUGAGGUAUGAGAAGCAAGCUUGAGUAAGGGAACAGAGCCCUGUUUCUGCGAAGCCCGCUUGUAAAUAGUUUUUAAAACUUCCCUGAGAAGGAUCAGUGGCUCCAUGUUGGCUUGCAAAUAAAGCACAGAAAUGCAAAAUGUUAUGAUGUAAAGUGAAAAAAAGUAUUUGAUAACAAAUGUGUACAUAAGAGUUUUCAAAUAUAUAUAAAAAUAUAUAAAUCUAUAUAUAUAUAUAUUAUAUCUUUUAACAGAGACUGUUUUAUCCCUUGGUGCAUGUGUGACUGAGUGAAAUUAUAUAAUGUUGACAUUAUGCUUUUUUUUUCAUUGUUAAGGAUGUUUUGUUUUUUUAAAUCCUUCCCAGCCAUCGCCAAGAGAAAUAGUUCUGAUAUCUUUAGUUAAAACUUUGAGGUUGGGACCACAAACUUCACAUAGAGAAGACCACAACUGAUAAAAAUGGCCUUUCUAUGGUGCCCCAUUGUAAGGGUGUGCUGUUUGAGAGAAGUGUUCUACACAGCACACCAUCAAGAGCUGAACAUUUAAACCUUCAAAUGCGCUAGUGACAUUUAUGGUGAGAGUCCAGUAAGCCCAAGAACUGUGUACAGGCUCAGUCAUAGAGCUGGGGGAAAUUUUCAAGCAGUUUAGAUGGAAUGUGUCAUUUGCCCAUGAUAGUUGCCAUUCAGCUCUUUCAAAUGGACAUUGAACUAGUUCAUUAGUCUAACCGUCUUCUCAAAAAUAUUGAUAGCACAAUGGUGUACAGUAUGUUUCUUCCAUAGAGUGAAUCCAUAGGACUGUGGUGCUCUUGAGCUUAAAAAGCAAACUGAACUCUGCUAAUGUUGAGGUGAGCCAGGUGCUCCAAGAAUAUACUUCAGUACCUACUUUCUGAAACACGACUGAAUCAGUGACGGAGUUUCUAGUGGAUAUAAGUAGGGCCUGCGCCAGAGAAGGGAGUGGCAGCCAGCAAGAGUUUUUUUUAGGAUAGCACAUUGAAAUCUGACUAGGUGGCUCAGUGGCUAAGACAGGUCAGAAAGAUGGAGGUUCGAAUCCCUAGUACAGGUCUCCUGCGUGAGCAGGGGGUUGGACUAGAUGACCUCCAAGGUCCCUUCCAACUCUAUUGCUGUUUGAAAUAUCUUUGCUCUGUGGUGACUUUUGGAAUAUUUGCCCAUCUAUCCAAUUUCAACUUUAACUUAGAUGCAUGCAACCUUGUGUCAAAUCCCAACUUCUAUUUAAAUAUAAAAUGUUCAUUGUGCUAGCAAUGAUCCUAGUGGAAUAACAUUAAACGGCCAAGCUCACCUCAAAAAGCAGCAGAAGGAACAAGAUUAUAGAGGAGACAUCCUCAUGCUGUUUUAUUUCGCAUAGGAACUUAUUAAUGUUUUCUUUGGGCACCUUGUCACCUUUUAUAGAGAUUUCAAAAUGUAUUGCUAACAUUGCAUAUGCAGUAACUUGACACAAUGAAUAAUCCAUUUGCACACACCCACACCUGAUUUCCUUUUCUUUUCAAGUCAGACUUAGAAUUCAGGUUCAUAGAUAGAUGCUCCAAUUCUGAAGAUCUUCGCUGUGUUGUGGGAGACUUUUGACUUAAAGAUCCAUCAAGCAAGGAAAGUCAUUUAAAAAGCACAAAUUACCUUAGGCAACUUUGCUUUAGUUUUUAUACACUGUUUUAAGUUCACUUAAGCCCUCGACACAAAUGUGAACACAUUCAUGAAAACUGUUUUUAUAACUUAAGUGUGGGGUGGUGGUGUUGUUUUUUGCUCUCUCUUUUGAUAUUUAUGCAUAUGUAGCUAUGGUAGUUCCCAAAAGUCAUUCUCUACCCCACUUGAUCCAAUUGUAGCUCAGGCUGACUUAAAAGUUGGAAAAUGUAGGUUAGGACAUUUUCUGUACGGCAGCAUCAGAUUCUGUCUGUUUUUCUCCUUAUUUUCUUUACCUUGACUUAAAGGCCAGUUUCAGAGAAAUCAAGUUAGGAAACAUGAUUUAGUUUAGGAUAUUAGUUCAUAUUAGGGACAUAAUAUAGGAAACACUUUCUUUGUGGGAAGGGACAAAUAGACUUAAUCUACUCUGAAACACCAAGGAAAGCUUUUUGGUAUGUUCUUAUAUUAACCAGACUGUUUGACUCUAAAGGAAACAUUAACAACCAGAUUUUUCUAAAUAGACAUUAGAAGGCCAGCUGACACAGGUUAUUUCUCUAUUGUGAGGUUUAAUAUCUUGCUACAGCAGCUGGAUAGGAAAGAACCAGAGGUUUUGGUGUGCCAUGUGCAAGCCUUUUUCUUCAAAAUUUUGUGAGGAGGUGGCUCUUAAUAGGGAACCUGUGGUAAAACAUACUCUCUCACUUUAAGCAAGAGAGAGCUUUUAAAUAUCUGAUUACUAUGCCAUUAAAUUACUCUUCCUUCUCCUUCCGUUGGCGGGAAAUGUAUAGCUUUGUAAGACAAGUUUUGCCAUCUGCUUUUUAGCUAAAGCUGGACUUUCUGAAGUAAUGCAUAAUUUCACCAUCCCCUUAUCUCCAGACAAUAAACACACUUGCACUUUGGAAUAGGUGUCCAAUGAUAUAAGGUGCCAACUUGUGGCUUAUUUGGUGAUAUUAAAGAAAAUGGAUCCACUAAUAGAGAAACAUAUUCAGGGUAAGUUUUUCCCCUUUUCAUAAAGAGAGUGAGUGAGUGAUGUGCUUUCUAAAGAAAAGUGAACUUGUAAAAGUUUGGUUACUAGGUGAAGAAGGUUUCUAGGUAAAGAUGAAGGUAAAUGUGGAAAGGCAUAGAAAAAAGGUAUCACCAUUGGAAUUGCUAAGCACACUUGCCAUAUUAACAUUUUGGAAAUUUUAGUUUUAGAUACAGUUGUUUAAAUGUUACUUCCACUAAAUAUGUGAAUCUGCUGCUUCUGAGAGGCAAUGUGAAAGAGGAAGUAUUACUUUUUGUGUAAAAAGUUAUUUAUUUAUUAGACUAAUGUGGUACAAUGUUGUACAUUGAGAAUACAUUGUAAAGAUAUUGGAAGUGUUUAACAAAUGGCAUUGAAGUGUCUUUAAUAAAGGUUCAUUUAUAAUAUCAA